AUGCCAGACAAAGACUGCUUCGCUCUCCCUGUGUCGGAGCGCGACCAGCGGAAUGCCUCCAGCGAUAACUCGGCGGUAAAGGAGCCUUCAAUUGCCGACUCGGUAUGGAUCUCCUCGUCCAUGUCCAAGCCGAGAGAGGCGCUCUUCGUCGCGGUCGUCUGCAUGGCCCAAUUCUGCACCCAGGCUGCCUACAUGGGCACUUUGGUCCUCUUGCGAAAAAUCGGCCAUAGCUUCGGCGUUACAGACCCGGCACAGUUAGCAUGGCUUGUUGCUGGAUACUCCUUAACGGUCGGCACAUUCAUUCUGAUAUCGGGACGACUUGGCGACAUCUUCGGCUACAAAAAGAUGCUCAUCAUUGGAUUCGCGUGGUUCUCGCUUUGGUCACUAAUAUCGGGGCUCAGCGUCUACUCCAACUUUACGCUCGCAGUUUUCUCACGUGUCAUUCAGGGGAUUGGGCCCGCGCUGUGCUUGCCAAACGCUCUGGCAAUCUUCGGGUCGGCAUACCCACCUGGCCACCGCAAGGCAAUGGUAUUUGCAUGUUUUGGUGCAGUAGCGCCUAUUGGCGGUGUGUGCGGUGCCGUCUUUGCUUCCCUUUUUGCCAUGGCUUGGUGGCCGUGGGCUCUUUGGGCCAUGUCUAUUUGGCUCGCAUUGCUAUCCGUGGCCGCAUACUUCAUCAUCCCCCAGCCUCCUCAGCGAAAGGAACAGCCACGCUCAUUGCAAGGAUGGAUUGUCACUCUGGAUGCGCCUGCCGCCGUUGUCGGCGUCGUUGCUCUGGUCCUCUUCAACUUUGCAUGGACUCAGGCGCCAAUCAGUGGUUGGGGCACACCGACAAUCCUCGUACCGCUUAUUCUUGGUUUACUGCUCUUUGGAGUGUUUGCAUACAUGGAGCUCAAGAUGAGCCAGCACCCUCUGCUCCCAUUCGAUGCCUUCAAGCCCGACAUAUGCUUCGUUCUCGCUGCACUUGUCUGUGGCUGGGCUACCUUUGGUAUUUGGACUUUGUAUCUGGUUCAAAUACUUGAAGAUGUUCGCGGACUACCGCCAGUGCUUGCAUCAGUAUACUUUGCACCCGCUAUUUGCGCAGGAGGAGUCGCAGCCUUCUUCACCGGCAAACUGCUAGGCCCUCUGCAGGUCCGCCCGCCAUUUGUCAUGAUGCUGGCACUGACGGCGUUUACAACUGGCAUCAUUCUGACAGCAUUCGCACCCGUCAAUCAGAUUUACUGGGGCCAGAUAUUUGUCUCUAUGCUUAUAAUGCCCUUUGGCAUGGACAUGAGCUUCCCUGCUGCAACACUAACUCUAUCGAAUGCUGUCACAAAAGAGCACCAAGGUAUCGGGGCUAGCUUGGUUAAUACGGUGGUCAACUACGGCAUUGCAUUGGGAGUUGGCAUUGCAGGAACCGUCGAGGUCAAUGUACGCGGGCCAUCCGAUUCGCUAGACGAUCGGUUGAACGGCUUUCGCUCGGGCUUGUAUACCGGCAUCGGCCUAGCUGGGUUAGGCAUGGUAACAUGCAUUGUGUUUUUGUUUAGACGACAUGCUGUACAAGAGUAG